GAAUGCCUUUAUGCUGUUUCACACCAUAAGUGGGAGUUGUCCUCCUGAGUUUUUUUUCUCACUCCAGUCUUCAGGAUUGAGAAAAACAAGCACAAGAAAUUUUCUCCUUCUGAGUCGCUCUGUUCUCUCUCUUUCUAUCUUUCUCUUCAUCAGCUGUUUUUUGUGUUCUGAAGCCAUGGCUGAGAAUCAUGCAAGUGAUGGAAACCAUGUUCUCAAUGUAGAAGAUGACAAACCUUCCUCCAAAACCAACCAAGAAUCAAGCAGUAGCUUGCUCGGUGUACUUUUUUUGCAGAAGGUGAUUGCUGAGGUGUUGGGGACAUACUUCUUGAUAUUUGCUGGUUGUGGGGCUGUGGUAGUGAAUUUCGACACAGAUAAGAUGGUGUCAUCUCCGGCAGUUGCAAUUGUUUGGGGACUGGUUGUCAUGGUGAUGAUUUACUCUGUUGGUCACAUCUCCGGUGCCCACUUCAAUCCUGCUGUCACAAUUGCUUUUGCUACUACUAAGAGGUUUCCAUGGAAACAGGUACUCCCUUAUAUUGCUGCUCAAGUCCUUGGAUCAACGCUCGCAAGUGGUACCCUUAGGCUCAUAUUUAACCAGCAUCAAGACCACUUUGUUGGAACAAGUCCUAGUGGAACUCUGUUGCAGUCUUUCGUGAUUGAGUUCAUCAUCACAUUUUACCUCAUGUUUGUAGUUUCUGGUGUGGCCACUGAUAACAGAGCGAUUGGAGAGCUUGCUGGGCUUGCAGUUGGCUCCACGAUUCUUCUGAAUGUGAUGUUUGCAGGGCCAAUUACAGGAGCCUCAAUGAACCCAGCAAGAAGCUUAGGCCCUGCAAUAGUAUCAAGCCAUUACAAAAACUUGUGGAUUUACCUUGUGUCACCAACUCUUGGAGCUGUAUGUGGUGCCCUGGUCUACAAUGUUAUCAGAUUUACGGAUAAGCCACUGCGGGAGCUCACCAAGAGUGGAUCUUUCUUGAAAGGCGCAGGCUGCACCUAAUUGAUGAAAAUAGAAGAGGAAUUGCGCCGUUGUGGCCGAAGUAGGUGCCGAGGCGCCCGUGGUUGCCGGCGAUCCGGACGUUAGGGUUGUGAUCUUUUGCACAGGAGAAGAGGAUAUCGCAGUUGUUGUUGUACUAGAUGAAAAUCAAGGGCCUCAUUGUGAAAUAACUGGUGCCGUACGGACAAUCCGACUUGCUUGUAUAAAUUUUUUGGAGAAGACGAUUUGGGAGGUUAGGGUUUUAGCUACGUACCUGGUUAUGGACUUAAUUAUGGCUGUGAAAUUGGUGUUGGGCUUAGCAUGCUAAGACCACAUCUAGACCCAUUGAGAUUCUUUUGAGUUUUGAUCAACUUUAUUGAGGCGUUUUACCCUUGCGGUAAA